AGUUCAGAAAUCGUGGAUAGUAUUUUGUAGAAGACAUACAAAAUGCGAUGCGGAAAACUAUACAAAAACAAACAUUAUUCGCAACACAAUACUGUUUUCAAUCAUCUAUAAAGUUCGAUCUGAAGGUGUUUUUGUUUAGCAAAGUGUUUUUUAAGUAUGGUUGAUUGUUAGUAUACACAGUCACACACUCCCAGAUGACAGCAAACUAUAACCCCUUUGUGAUCAUAUCUGUUGAACUUUCUCGUAUGCAUUAUUCAAGCUGCUCCAAGGGAUGAAAAACAUCGAUGCAACGCUGCACAGGAUACGAGCUUAAAUAUCGCAAACACAAAACAAAAACCGAACAAUGUAAAAAAAAUCAUAAAACACGAUGAAUAUCCUUCCUGCGUUCGACUCACCACACCAAACCGAACCUUGUGGCAGCGUCCGCAACUGUGUGUCCCUCCCAACCCCACGCCACGCCGACAGCACGCUGUUGCUCGCAGCACCAAACGCGACUCGGUGGAGAAGAUGUUGUGCGUUCUCUCCGAGCGUGUGGCAACCGGUCGCAUUGCACCGAAUACGACCAACCGAUCUCGGCUCUCGCACCGAUCUCGGACCGAAAGCAGCGUACCCGAGCGUUUUGGCUUUCCCCCCGUUUGGCAAAGGUAUCCGGGAACGUACAUCCGUUACAAGCAGUGAUCCAUCGGCGUCAGUUCUAACCGAACGCUCGCACGCUUCACUCGUUCAUUUUGUGCCCAGGGCAGAACCCGUUCGUGCAUUCAAAUAUCGCGCCAUCUGCGUUACAAAACGCCAUCACUCGCUUUUGCACCGGUUUGGAGUGUCAUCCGGUCUCGGUUUCGCAUCAUUUAAUUGCUGGCCGUCUUCCAGAUAGCAAGGUGCCCAGGUGAACGAGUGAUAGGGUCGGCUCGAGGCCAACGAGAUCACCCUUGCGAGUGUGCGAGUGUCCCCAUCCGGAACAGAACCCGGGUCGUGGACACAGCGGACGUGAAGCUGCGUGUGACAACGAUUCGCUCAUAAGGCAAACAAAACCGAACAAGGCAGACGACGACAACAACAACAAAAAGGUGCGAAUCUUACAGACCUAUCCCACUUCCAGGCCGGUUCGAACGGUCCAGUGAUGCUUGUAGUGAUUAAAUGUGACGAAGGGCAGUGAGCGGUGAAAAAAGACGCUGGAACGCACGGUACGGAUGAUGGGUUUAGAUCAAUAAACAAACAGACGCCAUACACACACAGAGUCCAGCCGUUGCGGAUCACCGUCAGAAACGCGUUUACUCUUUUUAUCGCACAAAUGACUGCAUCGUUGUGUUCGAUAUGAUCGUUUGCAGUGGGUUUUCCUAUUCGCGUGUGCUAUUGUGAUUAAGUUUCUAUCAAAACCGAUCGUGCCACGAACGCAUUCAAGCGCACUACUGCGAUCGCGAAUAUUCCCGGUAAGAAAGUGCAUCAUUGCACCCGAUCCGAGCCAAGUUUUGCAUCAAAACCUUUAAACACACCGGUUACUUGAGUGAAUGUGCAAAAGUUGUCCGGGGGGUUUUUUUUUGUUGUUGUGUGUUACAAAACUUCCGAAAAGAAAAGCAACCAAUCAUCCUGAGACCGGUGCACGAGGCAGUGCCCACUUCCCCAGCGGAGUGAAGCUGUCAGCCCUUACGGAAAAGCUUACCGUUACGGGUUGAAAAGUUGAUAAAAUAUGACCGAGCGAGAAGUUUUGCAGCGAUGUCGAGGUACAUUCUACGCCUGCCAGCACUGAGGGAACGAAUUCGCCGUCACUCAUCACCUCGCCUUAUAUCUAUCGUUCCAGUAUCACCAUAUACGCAUCUAUCAAACGAUCCGGUAGCGAUCCGAUUUAUGAGUUCGCUUGUUUGAGAGCUGUUGAACACGAUGAUGCGUACCCCUAACUACCACUACUACCACCUUCGUCUUCACACCAGCGAAACAUGAGCCACACGCAAUCGUUAGAUGAUCGUGGCACCAAGCGACAGCAGCACACGAAACCAUACGCACCAAUACCGCUUAGUUUCGCCACAGCAUCAACGCUACCGGCCACGGUAACGGGAGCGACCGGGCACUUUGUGACGACACUCAAGCGCACGGUAACGGGGCCCUCUACUACAUCUACAACCUUCAAUCUGACCGAGCUGCUCGAUCGCACCACGCGUUCCCGAAGCGUCCCGAGUCUAGCGGCCAGUGCUGCCAGCAUUGGCCGGGCCGCAUCCCAUGUGGUCGUCCGCCGAAGCCGUACGCUAGCGGCCCCACCGACGGCAAACGUCAGUGAGCUGUUGGAUGCCGGUAGCGGACGUGAGUACGAUCCAGCGCUGGACGAUGGGCGAUCGCUGUACGAUCCCCUGGCAACUACGAUUGCGAUUGUUAACCGUGCGGCGGAGCAAACGUUCUUCAGCACCAUCUAUCCAGCAUCGUCCCUUACCGACGGUAGUGUCCUGUUCGAAGGCAGCACCUUGGUGUUCGAUCCUGUCCCCAGUGCUACCAGUGCGAUCGCGACGGUUGCGCCGGUCGAUACGACCGCACGCUCGAUCGAAGCACCAAAAGCGAUGGACGAACACUUUCUGAUCGCGAACUGGCAGGAUUGUGUCGUGGUGAUACUGUUCUGUCUGCUGAUCGUAGUGACUGUGAUCGGUAACACGCUCGUCAUACUGUCGGUCAUCACGACACGCCGGCUGCGCACCGUUACCAACUGCUUCGUGAUGAGUCUGGCCGUGGCCGACUGGCUCGUCGGUAUCUUCGUCAUGCCUCCAGCCGUAGCGGUCCAUCUGAUAGGGUCCUGGCCGCUCGGAUGGAUUCUGUGUGAUAUAUGGAUCUCAUUAGACGUACUUCUAUGUACAGCAUCAAUUCUCAGCCUUUGUGCCAUUAGUAUAGAUAGAUAUCUAGCCGUAACGCAACCAUUAAAUUAUUCCCGCCGUCGACGCUCGAAACGGUUGGCGCUGCUGAUGAUCCUUGUCGUAUGGGUGCUGGCACUGGCCAUCACAUGUCCCCCAAUACUCGGAUGGUACGAACCGGGCCGACGGGAGCUGAACCAGUGUCGCUACAACCAGAACGAAGGCUACGUCGUCUUCUCGGCCAUGGGCUCAUUCUUCAUCCCGAUGACGGUGAUGGUGUACGUGUACGUACGGAUAUCAUGUGUUGUCGCCUCCCGGCACGAUAAGAUGACGGAAAUCGAAGUCCACAAGAAAAGUCACCGCAUUCGUGAACCCGAGGAAGAUGGCUAUCAGUCCGAGCUGGAUCCGAUCCCAUUGAGUCCGAAGCGUAAGCGUUCCUCGUCGCAGCUUUCUACCGCCACCACCACGUACGUCGCCCAGCUCGGACCGAUGCUGGACGAUAGUGGACCACUGAAACCGGCUACCAAACGGAACAACCACAAACAUGGACCGUACGAAUUGAUGGACAUGAGUACGGGCAGCGGUGGUACGCUGAACAAAACCGCAAUCCUCUCAACGACCGGCAAUGGGACGGGGGGUGGUGUGGGUGCGGGUGCUACGGAAGGACAUCAGGAGCAGCAGCAGCAGCAGCGAAGAACGUGCGAUGAUGGAACGACUGGCCUUGACGCGAUUGUCGAUGAUCCUGUCGUCGAUCCGGUUCGUCCCGGCAGUGGUAACAGCCCGGAGAGUGUGACAAGCGCUAGCGUUACAGCACCAACGGCCGGUACUGUCUCGCCCAAUUACAACCAACUUUCGACGGCCACCUCCGAACGCUGGUCGACGGGCAAUAACGUUUUCAAUCAACCAAGCCACAAACCACAAUCCCAUUCGAUGGCAAGCUUCGUACCGAGCGGUACAUCGUCACCACCGCCCAACCAUGGGCAGCAACAUUUCCACCAUCAUCAUCACCAUCACCAUCAUCACCAUCAUCAUCAUCACGAGGGUCGGCCAACGGCAGCGCUGGCAGCGGCGGGUGGUCUUAGACGGAACAAUACGGUCAACACCUCCAUCACGACCUCGACCUGCAGCACGGUACAGCUGGUCGGGGGUGGCCGAUCCGCUGGCAACAACAUACGCAUCCACCAGAAAUCCCUCUCGUCCCGCAUCUCGUCGAUGAAGCGCGAAAACAAGACAACGCAAACGCUCAGCAUCGUGGUCGGGGGCUUCAUUGCCUGCUGGUUGCCAUUCUUUAUACACUACAUCAUUACGCCGUUCCUGCCAAAGGACUGGACCGUACCGAAGCUGAGCGAGUUCUUUACCUGGCUCGGCUGGAUCAACAGUGCCAUCAAUCCGUUCAUCUACGCCUUCUACAGUGUUGACUUUCGGGCUGCCUUCUGGCGCUUAACGUUACGACGAUUCUUCCGCAACAGCGAGAAGGCCCCGUUCGCCAACAUACACAACCUUUCAAUGCGUGCACGAUGAACGGGUGCCUCAGAGCAUCCUUUCCGCUUUCCAAGUUCGCUACCGGUGCCUUCCCCUUCGUUACAUCCAGCGCUAGUAACACCAGCGAGAAAGAUGUUGAUGAUUGAUGAAGCAAUCGAGCGACUGUUGGGCAUCGGCAUUUUGUGUUCAAUCGAGGCGAAUUCGAAUUCGAGGUUGAAUUCUCCCGACUGGACACCCGAAUCGCCCUGAUGCGAUCUGCGUAUCCGAUUUGGUCAAAUGGGCAAUGACCAACGCGGGUUACGCCCCUGUGGUACGAUAAGCGAUCGAAGACCGCUGGAGGUGACGUUAUACGGUGGUAGUACGGUUCCGGUGCAAAUGUGGAACCACUUUCUGUGUGUUGUUGUUUUGAUAUGUUUGUUUUUACGGAAUUAAUCUCACAUUUUUCUCGUCACUGCGUACGAAAGUAUUGUAAGAUAUAGUUAGCUAAAAAAGUAGCUUUUAUGUAGCUUAGUUGCACAUUGUUAAUAUUGUGGGAGAAAAGUCAAUUUUCUUGUUUUGUUAAUAUUAUGGAAGAAAAUUCAAUUUUCUUGUUUUGUUGUUUCUCUUCACUUCCAAAACCUCAUUUACUUCCCCGCGUACAGCAAUGAUUAUGUUCCACGGGCACAAUAAAUGGAAGUUUUUUAAUACACUUUUGCGGUAUUAUGGUCACGCUUUUUGUCAAUCAUUUGCCAGCUGGGAACCCUUACGACACGUACAUCCAAUUAUAAAUUGUGUGAUUUUUUAUGCCAAAACGAAAAAACGUCGCUCGUUAGUUUUUGAUAUCGUUGAAGAAUGAUUUAGUGUCGGAGUAACGAAAUCAAUUUUUUUUACCUUAUUUACAACAAAGAGCCUUUUUUACCACAAAGGAAAAACCGGAUCGAUGGAUGGACCAGAAACGUUUCAGCAGGACAACAAUUGUCCUCCUUUUGAAGCUGAGUCAUGGAAAUUGAAAACACUUUAAAAUGGAACUUUAACAAGGUGACGUACCUGGUGAAUAUCCUUCACGGAGGCGAUCUUCAUUCAGUUGCCUUCCAUGACUGGUCACAUUCAACAUUGUACACGCCGUUGCUUUUGAGCCGCAACACUCUCACACGGUCAAGCACACAUACACGUGAGCCGUGCCAUCAUUGCGCCACUCGUAAGUGUUGAGAGCUCUUCUCACCUUACUUAAACAGCUCUACACACACAUACAAAAAAACGUGAUGAAAGGUGGCACCAAUGCCAGCAGCACCAACAACAUGGCGGGAAUGAAAAUGAAGUGUCAUCGUUCACAUUUGCCACCAUUUCGUUACAAACCUAUUGUGUAGGAUUUUAUUAUGCUGCCGGGUGAGCUUUUUCCCCCCUUUGUUUGGGCACAUAAUAGAAUAAAGUGAAUGAAUGGGUAAAGAAACGUUCGUACAAUGUCCGUGAUGAUGAUACCGUUGUGGGGGAAAAAAAUGGAAGAAACGGGACAGAGAAACGGCACAGACACAAGUGAACAAUUAAAUAAAAUGUGAAUAAAAAGAAGUCAUUCAGUCAUGGUAGCAUUAUGUACAUGAACGUGGUUGUUGUGAUUUAUUCGAACUAUUUCACAACAAAAAGGACGAAUCUAGAAGUCAGAUGUCAAUACACAUACACACGCAAAAAAAAAACGGUGAAUGUUGUGAUUUCAAUAAUGGUGUCGACGAGUUAUUUUGCAUUUUUUGUUUCGUUUUGUUGUCCAUCCAUCAUCUGGAGUUAUUAUUUUAUAAUUUUUCUUUCACCAAAAAAACGCCGGAUGGUUUCGAUGACCCGUGAAAAUGCGACAUGCAUUUGCAGCAUGUGGGAAAACCUGCGAUCCAGAAGAGGCUUACAAUGGAGCAGUAAAUUUUAAGCUUUGAUGGAUUCAAUUGUUUACUUUAGGGCCAAAAAGGGAAGGAGAAAAUAGCUGGUGGCACAAAGUAGAUUAAAAAUUAUCCUCCAUUAAAAUUGCUCCAAAACAACAACGACAAACAUAACAAAAUGCUUUCACUGAAAAAUUUCCUUUGCUAGGAAAAUUAUCCACGGAAAUUCAAUAAAAUAUUACUUCUCCUUUAUGAUUUAUGUGUUUUAUUGGUUUCCUUUUUUUGGUUUGAUUAAAAAUGUGUAAAACGGAAACAGAUUUUAACGGAUUUGAAAAUGAAAAAAGGAACUAAAAAAAAUUCUGUUACAAAAAGAAGAGAAAACAAACACACACACGCGCCGAAAUUGUCCCUCUCGUUGAUUAUCGAAAAGCACGCGUCAAAGCUCAUUUCCGGUCAAAACCGUUCCCGCUGUUCUGAUGAAGGUUGAAACUGGACGCGAAGGUUCCCCCCCGCCCGGUAGCGAAUGUCCUAACGCAUUGAAAGUGAUCGUGUGAUAGAAAGGGAAAUAAAAAAAAACAAAACAGCAAUUUAAAAACUCCCUAGAGAUAACUAGAGUGUUCAGCUACGAAUAAAAAAAAAUCGAAUUGAACAGCAUGAUGAAAACGAUGCAAUGAGGUGGAAAAUUAAAUAAAAUAAAAACCUUAAAAUGACGUAAACGAAUCGGCACACAGUCAGCCCGUGCUGAUCGGUCAGCUAAGCAAAAGGGCUGCUGACAUUAAAAAAAGAGUGAUGAUAGAAAGCGGAAUAAGCGAACCGGUUGCUAGAAAUAAAAGUAGCUUUUCCAUCACAACAGACACACACACACGCACACGUUCAACAACCGGUAAACAGCGUGAGGAAAAUAAUUUUCCGAACGCAAACAGCUUUUGUUUUUGUUCGAGCUAUAGAAACCAUCUACCGUCGUCUGGUUUGAAUUGAAUAAAGAGGAUUACUAUGCCUAGACCUAGACCAA